UCCAACUUUACCUUGAUAUAAAAGCCAUAGGCAGUCAGUAGAAACUGUACUUUAGAUUUUGAAUUUUGACCUUUUCCCUGGUUAGUGGUAUGCGGUGUGAUACUAGAGAUGCUGGGCAGCCAGUCAGCAGUCAGCUCCCAGGCAGCCCCGCAAUCACAAGGGCUACCCGGGGAUUCCGGGUCCCAAGGGAGAGAGCAUUGGGGGACCAGUCUGGCCCACCUGGACCGCCGGGAUCUCUGGCAUCCACCAUGAGGAGCGUCGUGGCCCUGGCGGAGGGGCGGCUCAUGACACCCUGGCCAGCGCCCCACGUCUGGCGGACUCCCAGUCCUACCCCAGAGCCCGGUACCACGACUCCUCUGUGCACUUCCCGCCAGCGCACCCCUCCGGAGGGCUCGCCCACACUCACCAGGAUGUCCAGGCGGUGCCCCACCUGGUUGAGCCCAGAGGCCGGCAUCCAGGCGGCCCGCGAGUCAGCCUCCCAGGGGACUUCCAGCGCUUCCAGCAGGCGCGCGCCAUGGAGCAGAGGAGCACCUGCCCCGCCCUCCGUAGCAGCGGGCGCCGCGCGGAGCGGGCAGGUGUUGUGUCCCAUCUGGGAGGCCUCAUUCUCGGGCUCCGAGGGCCAGCUGAAGCCCAGGCCGCGUCUUCUCUUUCGACGACAGACGUGUCCUGCAGCACCUCUCCUGGCCCCAGAAGAGUGCGUGGUGCGGCACCAGCUACCAGAUGUGGCGGACCCCUGCUGCGGCAGCGGUUGGCCCGGCCUCCUCGCUGCCCGCGUGCAAACUGUUGGAGCGGAAAGCCUGGAGCUGCCACAACACUUUCAUGGAACUCUUGCAUCGAGAAUUGCUUCAUGACCUCCUCCUCCAAGUAGGGGCCCAGCAGGCUCCGGCGGACGGAUGGACAAGCGGCCAGAGGCAAGGCCAGGUGGCAGGAGAGCGAGGAUGUCGCUGUGCAGGAGCGUCUAUUGGCA